CCACCCUCCGCUCAACUCCGCUCGCUCCGCCAAGUUGCGCGGCCGCUGCCCGGUGGCUCUGGGGUUCUGGUGGCGGUACUCGCGGCGGCCCCCGGCGGAGCGUGACGGGGCGAGAUGACGGCGGAGGCGCGGGGAGCACCCGGCGGCGGCUGAAGGCGGAGAAGGGGCGUGUGGAAGCGAGCAGCUGAAGCCCGGGGGCGAGUCCGGCCGAUGACAGCGGGCUCGGCUGAAGGGGACGCGGAGCGAGCGAGGCGGGAGCGGGCUAGCGGCGCCGCCGAGCCCGUCCCGCGGCGGGUCGCGCCGCGCCUGCCCUGAGGAGAGCGGGACCCCGGGAGGGAAAGUUUGGAGCUCGUCCGCCCCCGCCCCGCCGGGCAAAGUUGUCUUUGGGUUUGUUUGUUUGGUUUCCCUUUCCUCCUCCUCCUCCCCCCUUCCGCUCCCCCGCCGGCUCCGCGCGGGGAGGAAACGGCGAGGGAAGCAGGAACUGAGGAGCGACCCGGGAGCCUCCCCAGCGCCCGGCAGAGCUCGCUCCACUCCUCUCCUCGUCGGUGUGGUGUGUGAGAACAGCCAGGACUUCGUUUUUGGUGGUGUUUUUUUGUUGGUUUGGUUUUUUUUUAAGCCACUUUCUUUUUUGCCCGCCCGCUUCUCCCUCCGGUACAAUAUAUGCUCGUGGAGAGCCGCCCCGCCGCCCAGCCAUGUCGGCGGCCAUCUCUGCCGCGGAGAAGGUGGAUGGCUUCACACGGAAAUCGGUGCGCAAGGCGCAGAGGCAGAAGCGCUCGCAGGGCUCCUCGCAGUUCCGCAGCCAGGGCAGCCCCGUGGAGCUCUCGCCGCUGCCCCAGCUCAAAGAUGCCACCUUCAAUGAACAGCAGGAUCUUUUCUGUCAGAAGUUGCAACAGUGUUGUGUGCUCUUUGACUUCAUGGACUCUGUUUCAGACCUGAAAAGCAAAGAAAUCAAGAGAGCAACACUGAAUGAACUGGUUGAAUAUGUUUCAACAAAUCGUGGAGUGAUUGUUGAAUCAGCUUAUGCUGACAUAGUGAAAAUGAUUAGUUCUAAUAUUUUCAGAACACUUCCACCUAGUGAUAACCCAGAUUUUGAUCCAGAAGAAGAUGAACCAACUCUUGAAGCCUCAUGGCCCCACAUACAGUUGGUGUAUGAGUUUUUCCUGAGGUUUUUGGAGAGCCCAGAUUUUCAGCCCAGCAUUGCGAAGCGAUACAUUGACCAGAGAUUUGUGCAGCAGUUGUUGGAGCUCUUUGACAGCGAAGACCCACGAGAACGUGAUUUCCUAAAGACAGUUCUUCAUAGAAUUUAUGGAAAAUUCCUUGGUUUAAGAGCAUUCAUCAGGAAACAGAUAAACAACAUUUUCCUCAGGUUUAUAUAUGAAACAGAGCACUUCAAUGGUGUUGCUGAACUUCUUGAGAUAUUAGGAAGUAUUAUCAAUGGUUUUGCACUGCCACUGAAAGCAGAACACAAACAGUUCCUUAUGAAAGUUCUGAUUCCCAUGCAUACUGCAAAGGGAUUAGCUUUGUUUCAUGCACAGCUCGCCUAUUGUGUUGUACAGUUCCUGGAAAAAGAUACAACUUUAACAGAGCCUGUAAUCAGAGGACUGCUCAAAUUUUGGCCAAAAACGUGCAGUCAGAAAGAGGUCAUGUUUUUAGGUGAAAUUGAAGAAAUCUUAGAUGUUAUAGAACCAACACAAUUCAAAAAAAUAGAAGAGCCUUUAUUUAAGCAAAUAUCCAAGAGUGUGUCAAGUUCACAUUUUCAGGUUGCAGAAAGAGCUUUGUACUUCUGGAAUAACGAAUAUAUUCUUAGCCUGAUUGAGGAGAACAUUGAUAAAAUUCUACCAAUUAUGUUUGGCAGUUUGUACAAGAUCUCCAAAGAACACUGGAAUCCAACCAUUGUGGCACUGGUGUACAACGUGCUGAAAACCCUGAUGGAAAUGAAUGGCAAGCUUUUCGAUGAACUCACAAGCUCAUACAAAGCAGAAAGGCAAAGAGAGAAAAAGAAAGAAUUGGAACGUGAAGAGUUGUGGAGAAGGUUGGAGGAGUUAAAGCUCAAGAAGGCAAUGGCAGAAAAGCAGAACAGCACUCACAACGUGCUCAAUGCACACAAUACAAGUGCCAAAUAAAAGAAAUGACCACCUCUACUCGGCAGACAUUCUUUUUUUGUACCCUUUUGAAAUAUAUAAGGAUUUGCAAAAGAAACCUCAACAGUAUAAUAGAAACAGCCAAUUUUUUUCUCUGGCAAAUGUAAAGAUUUGAAUUUAAAUACAGCAGUUAAGUGAUGUCAUUACCACAACAUAUUGUAAAUUUGUCUAAUUGAUAUACUGUCACUUCCAAUGUUUCAUAGAACUGAAUUAUCAUCCUUAAUGAGUGAAAUAAUUACGGGAGUGGUGCGAAUUAUGACUUGAAUUUUUGAUUGUGUUGCACAUAGGUGGUAUAGUUUGCUACAUACACAUUUUUCCUUGUUUUAUAUGUGCUUUUCACAUUGCUGCAUACUUUGGUUAAGGUGAUAGAAAAGGCUUCUAGUUGUGCUGUACUUUCUCAAAUAAAACCAAGGUACGUUACCAGUAACUUGAGAUAUUCAGUAUAUGCCCCUUACAGCAUUGAAAGGAACUCGGAUACAGCGCUGUCCUUGAAUUCCUGAUUGGAUUCAGAUUUAGAUUUACACAAUGCUCACUUUAGAAAGGAGGUGAAGUAGGGAGAGAAUCAGCUGCAACAGGUUGGGGUGGCCAGUGCCUCUACUCCACUCCUGCUGCCUCUUGGGUCCUGGGCUCAUUAGGGAUUUCCUCCUGCUACAGCUGAGGAUGGAGCUUCCUCUGGAGAGCCCAUCAAUGAUGCUCCUCAUCAGCCCAAGGACACUCCAGAGUGGUGCAGUCUCGGAGAGACCCAUCUUGGAUGUUUCUGUGUUAGUUUUAGCAUCUCAUGGACUGAAGAAUGAGACCAAAAUUGAAAUUAGUGUAUUUUUUUUUCAGUAAGGAGGGAAGGAUGUCAAGAAAGAGUUCCUUGUUUUCUUUAAAGAAAAUGCAGUCUGUUUCUUAAAGGUGGAAAGUUGGCAAUAGAAGUCUUGUCUGUUUACUUGAUCAAGUAUUUUUUUCACAUCUUUUAUCAGAGUACCAUUCCAAUCUCUUAAAUUGCAGUUGUGUGGAAAAAUUUUGUAAUGAAAGAUCUUUGGGGAAUUGAGCAGCAUUCAAUAAAGUCUUUAUGUUUGUA